AUGUCCGGAGCCGCACCUACCCACGGCGGCGAUGCGCCGCCGCCCUACUCAGAAACAGACAUCUACUCCAACUCUGGAGCGGCCGCCCCCGCCUCCGCCGCCUCCGCCUCCGCCUCCGCCGACGAUGUCGCCUCCCGUGUGUCCUCGUCCAACGAAGACAUCAUCUACACGCCCCCCGAAACCCCGCGCAGCACCACCAUAGGCGCCGCCGCCCUCACCGGCGUGCCGCAACCCGGCGCCGCCCUGUACUUUGACUCCCGGCCCCCGCCCCCGCCCGACGUGAUCCCCCAGUCGACGCUCGUGCACGCCCUGCGGCUCGAGACCCUGUCGCUGCCGGAUGAUUUCCCGUUUCCGAGCGACUGGGAGAAGCGCGAGAUCAACGCGCAGGACUGGGCCACGUUUAUCAACUUUUUGCUGCCGGACCACACCACGCGGCGCAACGACGUCGUGCUGGAGAGGAAGCUGCGCGCCGAGACCGAGAGCGAGGCCGGGGAUAGCGUCAGCAGUGCGCGGACGCAGGCCGAACUGCAGAGACAUGUGAUGCGCACGGCUGGACCGGAGGCGCUGCAGGAUGAGGCUCAACGACGCGCGAAUGCGCUGGCGACGGUGUGUGAGUGGAAUGAGGGCUUCUUUGGGCCGCGAGGUGUGACCAUUACGAUUACGUCCUGUGGGCACGACGGAAUUGAGUACGAUGAAGCUCCUAGGGAUGCUCAAGAUCGGUCGAUCCCAGCCGGCAAUACCUGGUUGCCGAAUCCGUCGUCGUUCAGAAUGGACGCCGACGGCAUCACCUACGGCAAAAGGUUUGUCCUGGAUGCCAACGGUAUCCGCCUUGGCUCUCUUAUUAUGGACACAAGCGGCAUUCGUAUGGCAAGCCAUGAGAAUGAUGCUCCAGGAAAUCCCCAUGACGCUGGCGCAGGGCCUUCAACCCGCAGCAUGCCAGGGUUCCCGGGACCGGAGCCCCAACGCGGCAGAUCAGCAGUCAACACAAGCAUCAAAGGCAAAGGCAAAGACACCACCCGCGAUCGCUCCACCUCGUCCGUCUCGUCCGUUUCCUCCGCCUCUUCAUCCUCCAGCGUAACCUCACUGGCUUCCCUCCCCGACUACGACGACGUCCGCGAGCAGCAGCUCCCCGGCUACCUCGCCAUCCUGCGCGACUGGACCUCGACGCCCGGCCACGUGCGCACCAACACCGACGUGCAGUGGCUCAAAAACGAGCUCCGGUCCCGGACCACCCGCGCCGCCGCCGCCGACCCCUUUGUCAACAGCAAGGAGCUCAAGACGCAGAUCAGAGCGCUGCUGAAGCAGUGGAAGCACAUCCAGCGAGAGCAGCACAAGACGCUGCGCGACACGCGUAGUGCGCGCAAGAAGCAGCGCAGGCAGGAAAAGCGCGAGCGCAAGCAGUGGAAAAGGGACAUGAAGAGGUCGCAUAAGGACGUGCGACGCGCGGCCAAGGACGGACGAUGGCAUGGCGCGCAGAUGCCUCCGGCACCCCCAAUGCCGCCGAUGCCACCACAUGGCCCAUCCCUACCUUUUAUGCCACGUGGGACGUCAAUGCCUUGUAUGCCUGCAGCGCCCGCCAUGCCUCCCAGCAUGCGCAGCCCACCAUCCGUGCGCUGUCACGACCACCGCCCCCACCGUGAAAGCCAAUCUCGCCAUGAUCUUGGCCACUGUGGCAGCCGCGGGCGCUGGCCUCAUCAUGGUCACGGCGGCUUCGGCGCCUUUGGCCGAGAUGGCGGCAUCUCCGGCGCCUGGCCGCCUCGCGGGCCUCUCACGCACAAGUCCUGGUCCGGGCGCCACCACGGACCACCAGCCGGCUUCUGGCCCGAGAGCGACCAGCACGCCGAGGAAGCACCGCCGCCGGCCCCGAACCCCGCCACCGCGGCCAAGUACACGGCCGCGCAGGGCAUCAGGGACGCCAUCCGCACGCAGCAGGACCGCGCCGACACGAUGGAGGACGGGCCCGGCAAGGACGCCGUGUACAGCGCGAUGGCGUCCAUGACGCAGUCGCUCGAGGCGCUGCAGAUGGAGGCUGAUUCCGAGUAUGCGCGGCAUGUAGCGGGCGCGCACAUUGCGCCAGAGAGAUCGGCUAUUACGACGGCUGUGUACUUGACGAGCCAAAAAGAUUGUUUGAGCUUUAAAUCGGGGGCCAAGAUUACGGGCGUGACGUUUUCCUCGGACGAGUGGUGGCAUGGGACAUACAAGGGCAAGAACGGCUACUUUCCUGCGAAUUAUGCCAAGUUAGUGCCGCUCUGA